AUGUAUUACCCGUAUGCCGCUCACGCCACCGGUAUGCCGCUUAUUACCCGUAUGCCGCAGAACAACUAUAACCCGUACUUCGCUCACGCCAACCAACAAAGACAGUUCGGAGCUUACAAUGCCCCAAUCUACCAAUCCGGACCGUCCACGAAGACUUAUGUCCACCAGUGCCCCGCCUUGAAUGCGACAAUCUUCAAAGUCGUUCAACGGGAUGGAUAUUCUAAGGACUUCCGAUUCGACUCCAAGACUCAGAAGAUGGUUCAACCACCGGUUACUGUAGUCAACGAGGGAGAUUUGUAUCCUGAAUAUGGAAUCUUUAGUGAUAGACUCCAGAAGGAAGUGAUGAUUGCUUUUAAUCGGGUGACUUCCAAGAUGGAACAAUACAUCUAUUCUCUGGAAUCAGGACAGUUCGAGCAAGUGGAAGAUCCUGAUCUCAAGUAUCAUGUUGGAAAUAGAUCCCCAUCAAGCAUUGUGAUGAUCAUCGAUGACUGGAAGGGAAGAAUGUCAAUUGAGAAGGGAAAGGAUGGAUCAGUGAAGAAGAUGGUGUGGGUGAGAGGACAAUGGAUUCAGAUUCCAUCUAGACCAGUGAAGACGUUGGAGGAAUCUGAAGACGUCGGAGAGGAAGCAGAGAAGGACCCAUACACUCGUACCCUCCCACAGUACAAGAUCAGAUACUGUCAUCAUUUGCAGAAGGAAGUCAUCUUCUACCUUCACAGAGAUGACUAUCUGACAUUUGCCUAUGAUGAGACAACCAGAGAAAUGAGGGAAUUCCAAUGCCAUCUCUGCCCUCGUUUCGUCUCUGAAAGUCAUCUGUUUCCGAGAUAUUCCGAGUUUUCGACUUCUCUCAACACACAUGUCAUUCAUGUAUGGAAUACGGAAACGCAACUAAUGGAGAAGUAUAUCUAUGAUGCAUCCAAGUUCCAAUUCCAGCAAAUCUAUUGCCCGGAAGCAGAGUUUAAUCCAGAGAAGAGUACGUCGUCGAGUAUUCUUUUUGUGGCUUCUCUGAAGAAUAAGAAAUCAAUUGUGAUGAGAGGGAAUGAUGGAAGACUGAAGAAGGAGGGAUACUGUAUGAUCAGAGGAGAAUACGUCAAUAUUCCACCGAAUGUGGUCAGAACUUUUCUGGUUCAGAGAAAAGAACAAAAGGAGUUGAAACUGGUUAAAAUGAUGGAGAACAACGAGAUAAUUGGAAACGAGAGUGAGGAUUUGGAAGCUGAAACUAUUGAAACUACGAAGUAUUUGGAUAAGGAUAGCUCGAACGGUUCAUCUGAUUCAGAAGAGGAAUCCUCGGACGAAGAGUACAGUCAAGACUCGGAGGACGAAGACAAGGAUUACAGCUUAGCUGAUCUGUUGAAAUGCGAUGACGAGGAAUCGGAAAAAGUCAAUGUGGAUUCGGAGAAAUCAAGUGAGGAGGAGGACAUCACCAGAGGACUCUCGCACCUUCAAAUGAUGGAAAUGAAAAUUGCCCGUCUCGAAAAGCUCAGAAAGCUUGUUCUGAGCAAUUAA